AUGGCGAACAGAAACAAAAGGUUCAAGAAGGAGGAGGAUCAGAGCCAAAACACCAGGGGUGUGUACACAUCCCAUCUACCCGAACUGGUCAUCAACCGAAUCGUCUCUCAUCUUUCCACCAAGAACGUCGUUAAGGCGAGCAUUCUUUCCAAGGAAUGGGCAAGCGUGUGUUCUUCGGUUCUCGUUUUAGAUAUCGAUGAGGAUGAAGGUAACGAGCAGCGUGAUGAUCACAAGAAACAACGUAGAGAGUUCCGUAAGUUCUUAACCAGUUGUUUGAAGAUCUUUGAGAAACAAAAGUAUCUGGAGAAGUUCAGGCUCAGGAUGAGAUAUUUAGGAGCUGCUGACAGUACCAUAUACAAGUCAGUGAGCUUUGCUUUGGAAAGAAACGUUAAAGAGUUGGAUAUUUGCUUUAAAAGAGAGAUCAAGGGCACAAACUGCAAAUACUUUUGCUUACACCAGACAGCUCUCAACAAUGCAAAAUCUUUAAUCAUUCUGAAGUUGGAAAAUUUGAAUAUGAAAGAGGACAGCAUCGACAUUAUAAGCUUUCCAUCAUUGAAAACUAUGUCUCUCAAAGGUGUGAGGUUCAACACUAGCACUGGAUUCUCACGCCUAUAUUCGGGGUGUCCUUCCAUCGAGUGUUUGUCAUUAACUUUGUGUCAUGGCUGGAAUGUUAGACUUUCAGGUUCGAGGCUCAAACACUUGGAAAUUAUGAGCUGCGAAAUCAAACUUAGAGUUGAAGCAACAAAUCUUGAAUCCUUUAAAUUCCGUGGUGACCGUGGAUUUCGUCGUCAUAUCAUUGAUAUGCACAAAAGCUUCUACAUUGCCUCUUGUCAAACUCUCAGAAGUCUCGAGUUCUCUCAUACACACUUUCCGAUUGAAUGGUUCAAAGGCCUCGAUUCGAGAUUUCCCUAUCUUGAGAGGUUGGUUUUAGAUACAUGUUUUUGCCACUCAGGGAUUAUCAACAUCUCUAGCCAGAAUCUGAAAAGCCUUGGGUUUCAUGAAUGCGGAAACAAUUUGUUUAAUUUUUCUCUGAAUGCUCCAAAUCUAUCAGAGGCUACAAUCACAAUUGAGCAGAGAAGCCACUAUGAUCGGCUGAGAUGCUUUCUUGGAAAUUUUGGUAGUUGCAAGAAAAUAUGUCUACAUGUUAAUGAGCCUGAAAUAUGUAUAUUUCCGGAAGAAAUGAGAAAGAAAAGCUCUCCAUUACCCGGUCUCCAGUGUCUUGCGGUAGAUAUAGAGACUGUUACAACAACAGCAGCUCAUUCGGCCUUGAUGGACUCCUUGCGGUGGAUGGCACCGUCUUUGGAGUUUUUAUCCAUUAACAGAAAAUACCACAACUCUUUACAAUUUGUACACAGUGUGGUUUAG